AUGACAGAUUUAUCCAAGCCCCAAGAGAUCCCCCGACUUAGCUCGGAUUCCCUCACCAACACAGAACGGUGGCAAGCUAUCUCGACCCGUGACAUCACAGCCAACAGCUUCGUCUACGCGGUCCUCACUACAAAAAUAUACUGCCGUCCCUCAUGCCCAGCACGCCUAGCCCGCCGUGCUAAUGUCCAGUUCUAUGACACCCCUCCGCAAGCAGAGAAAGCAGGCUUCCGACCCUGCAAGCGCUGUCGACCGCAUUCGGGUCAGACAGCGGUACAAAGCAACCCCCAAACCGCCAUGAUUAACAAAGCCUGCGAGUCAAUCAGGAACGUUCUGAUGACAGGGCUGAAACCAAAAUUAAGAGAUCUGGCGGCCGAGGCUGGCUUGACACCCAGUCAUUUCCAUCGUGUGUUUAAGAAACAUGUGGGCGUUACGCCCGGUCAAUAUGUGGAGAGUCUUGUGCAGAGCAACCUGCACCCACCAGACUCACCGUCCGAUGCUUUUUCUGAAGUUGAAACACCGCGCUCCGGCUCUGGGGGUGAGAUCUUGGAUUUAGAUAAGAAUAGUGAUAAAGGGGCUGGUCCACGGGCGGCUGGGGACGAAAUCCCAUUGGGAGGCUGGAAUGAGUUCGAUGCUCUGUUGGCUUCGGAACAAACGUGGGUGCCUGGUUCAUUGUCUAUUGACCCUCGAAUGAUCUUGGCCGAGUAG